AUGGCGUUGUGGUGUGAGAACAUGGCGUUGCCGCCCCGUGUCCUUGUCGCUCCCCGCCCUUCUGGUGCCAAUGGUCAAGGGAAUAUUCUAUUACUUCGCCAUCCAAAACUAGAAGAAGAAACACAGUAUCUGUUCACUGACGGCCAACUUCAUGAAUUCAAUUGGUUUAAGGAGCGUUAUGGUUCUUGGUUCCUGGGAGAUUAUGUCUGUGAAGAUGGUAGCAUUUACUAUUGCACACUUGUUGACCCCAUCUUUGUUCUUCUACCACUUUUCGAAGCUGCACGUAUGUCGAACGGUAAGGAUCUGGGAAAAUUCAGACAGUUGGAUGAAAUUUUAUACAUCGAAGGUUAUCCUGGAUAUCAGCACCUCAUGAGUAUAGCAGGAAAGCAUAUGGAACUGGUUUGUGAAGUUAAAGAAGUUGCUAAUAUGAAGUUCUUCAGGCUAGAUGAUUCCAAGGUCUUAACUUGGAUGUGCUGUAAGGUACACAGUAUAAAAGAGGCUAUCUCCAAGUUAGGUAAAAAUUAUGCUGCUCAAGGAGAAAGAGAACUGUUAAAGGAGGCUGUCCAAAUAAUUCGUGAAAACCUGAAGGAUGAACCGUGGCUAAUGGUACUCUGCAAGAAAUUGCAGUUAGACAUCAGUGAGAUAAAUGAUAUGGCCAAAACCAAUGACACGUCAUUUUGUGCUGAUAGUUCUCCGGUACCUGCUCCAGCUCGUCCCUCAGAGGGGGGUGUAGGAAAUAGCAGUGCCAAGUCAAGCAAAGGGAGGCCUGCAAAGAAACUGAAGCCUGAGGUAGGAUCAAAGAACAUAAAAGACAUGUUCCGAAGGGUGACAAGGAGUGGGACAUAA